AUGUCCUCUUCUUCUCCUAAUGAUGAUGAAGACUGCAUCGUGGCUGUCAAGUUCUUGGGACCUCAGCUAAGCUUGUGCAGGCCUGCUCAGAGAGAUUGCAAGUGGAGCAACAUCAGAAUCACAGACCCCAGCUUCUUCUCCUCCCAUGUAAUGUACUCCAAGAGAGAUGGCAUGUUCUCCAUGCCCGCUUCUAGAGGCCACUACAUCGGAUCAUGGGAUCUUGGGAGACACAUCAAGGAACCAAAGAUUCAGAUGCUGCGGCUUCCCGAUGAAGAUCCAAUUCCAGAAAUGACAGAGAAAAAGUGGCAGAGAUUAGAGUCUUGUUGUACGAAGCAACACUACUUAGUGGAGUCGUUACACACUGAUGAGACUUUUAUGGUGAAGUGGUACACAGAAAGCCAUCCCAUUACCAAUAAUUUAUGGGAUCAUUUCCUUGUGUUGAAGAUAGACAAGGAAGGAAAUGCUGUUUACACCAAAGACAUUGGACAUCUCUGCAUUUUACUCUCCAAGUCUGAAGCUAUUUAUAUUCCAUCUAAAUCGAACCGCAAAGUCAAAAACAGCAUCUAUAUGUUGAAAGAGCACGAGUUUGCCAUUGUCAUGAUCAGCACUAACCAGAAGUUUGGUAGAACACCUUUCGCUUGCUCCUUACCUUACUAUAUUCCGAAAAGACUACUAAUAUAG